CAUGUCUCAUGUGGGACGCCGGACGGUGCUGCCUUACCUGUGAAGAAAGGCGGUUUUGUCUAUAGCGGGAAGGAGAGCAAUAAUGGUGAGGGCAACACAAUCCUGGUAGUUUUAAACAACUAUAAAAGGAAAUGCUGUUGCAAAGGGAGUGGAAUGGAACUUGUGGCCCCUUGACAGCUAUAAAGAGGUCCAAAUCUAACCAUCAUACCGUAAAAAAGAGAUCUUUAUUUAUGAUGCAUAAGAAACUUUCUAUGGUUAGGUUUCGGUAUAGAAUUAUAAAAUCGGCGGAACUUCGAGCAAGAGGCAAAACCUGCAAAUUGAGAAAAAUCAAGCCAAGGUGGGUGGAGAAAGUUACGAGGGACCAUCGAGAGACGCUCCAGCGGGAUUUUGAAAGUGGAUUGUGUAAUUGGCUUUCCUCCUGGAAAUCUAAAAGCAACCGUCUUUGGAACCGGUACAGCUUAUCAGAUAUGAACAAUAAUACACCCGAGUCCUUAGGCGAGGAGAACGAAAUAGGCGCAGCCGAGCUCUGCCGCACGCAGGACGCGUUACCGUGUGCUGAGGAGCCGGAAUCCGCAGGGCAGGACGGCGGUGCGGAUGCUGUCCCAGCAGAACUGCCUGCUGGAGCUUCUCCGGGGGCAGAGACCUUGCCCCGGGUGGAGACCAACGGGGCUCUGGCCGACCGUCACUGCUCAGACAUUUUCGUCUCCGUGGCAGGAAAAGAAAUUGCUGUUUCAGGUCAAGAUGAGGCAGAACCUAAUGAGGUUAUGGGUGUAGAUGGAAUGGUACUGUUGCAAUCCUCCUUGCAGGAUUCUGAUGUCAAUGAUAAUUUUGCAAAUGGACCUUUAUCCAUGGAGCUGGCACAAAAUGAGGACAGCUCUAGCCAAAUGGAAGUGGAGGGCUCCUUAAACCCGGACGUUUUCAGUGCAAAGUUACUAGAUCACCCUUACUGUAAAAGUCCUCUCGAGGAGCCUUCACCAGAAAGCACAGAACUAAGAUCAGGAACUCGGAAGGGAGGCAAAAGGACGAGUCAGAAAGCUUCCCGGGUGGCUGACGAGCAGUUGGCAGCGUGGCUUUGUGGAUUCCUAGAUGAAGUUAUGAAGAAAUAUGGCAGUUUAGUUCCACUCUGUGAAAAAGAUGUCAUGGGAAGAUUAAAAGAAGUCUUUAAUGAAGAUUUCUCCCAUAGAAAACCUUUUAUCACCAGGGAAAUCAUGAAGUAUCGGGAAAAACAUCCAAAAACCUCCACUUGCAAUUUCCGGGUCUUCUAUAAUAAGCACAUGCUAGAUAUGGACGAUUUAGCUACACUGGAAGGCCAGAACUGGCUCAAUGACCAGAUCAUUAACAUGUAUGGUGAACUCAUAAUGGAUGCAGUCCCUGAAAAGGUUCAUUUCUUUAACAGCUUUUUUCAUAGACAGCUCGUAACCAAAGGAUAUAACGGGGUAAAGCGAUGGACUAAAAAGGUGGACUUGUUCAAAAAGACUCUCUUGUUAAUUCCUAUUCACCUGGAAGUCCACUGGUCCCUCAUUACUGUGAACAUCCCCAGUCGAAUUAUUUCAUUUUAUGAUUCCCAAGGCAUUCAUUUUAAGUUUUGCGUAGAGAACAUUCGAAAGUAUUUGCUGACUGAAGCGAAAGAGAAGAAUCGCGCCGAGUUCCUUCAGGGUUGGCAGACUGCUGUGACAAAGUGCAUUCCACAACAGAAAAAUGACAGUGACUGUGGGGUUUUCGUGCUCCAGUACUGCAAGUGCCUCGCCUUAGACCAGCCUUUUCAGUUCUCCCAGGAAGAUAUGCCCCGAGUGAGAAAAAGGAUUUACAAGGAGCUGUGUGAACGCCAGCUAAUAGACUAAUAAAAUGCAGCCAACCUAAUUUCUCUGGCAUUUCUGACAAGUUGCAGCUGGUGUUUGUGUACUUGAAUUUCUGAAAACUUCCGUGAAUUUUGAGCGAUUCUCAGCUGAGUGGUGUGGCCACUGUUGUUACCUCAGUUUUUUUGACGAGCUCUUUAACUGGCAGAACAUAACAGAGCUGCCAUAAAAUAUUCCUUAUGUCAGUUUGGUUCUCUUAUGUUCUUUCCUGUAUUUAAUAUUUAUUAUCUCAGCAUGCACAUAGGCAAAGCAUGCAACUAAAACCAUAAAACUGUAGAUUUGGUGCACCUUUGAGAUGUAGCUAGAAAUGACAAAUACAGGUGAUUUUGUCUGGAAACAUAAAGAUGCAUGAUAUGUUUUCUGAUGCAAUAAUGCUUUGAAUGUAUCAAAAAAAAAAAUCAAUGCCAUAAAAAGAACAGCUAGAACCUAUUUGGUAGUUCCAUUGUCCCUGUUGUGGCUGUAUAAUACCCAAUUACCACUUUUUAGGGUGGCUAAACUCAUCUACAGAUCUAAUUUGUGGAGACCCCUUUUUUAAAUAGAUCGAGUUGCUAAUAAAGUUUGUUCUGUUAACAUUUAUCCAGCUGUCAUUAUCAGCCUGUCCCUAUAGAUAAAAGCAGCCUUUGCACAAAUAAAGCUUCAGCACUUGUCUGUCAAGUAAGCAGUACGGAGGUGGUCAGUCAGUCAGGGUGACGGUAUGUUCCUAUAUGCUGCAGAAGUCUCCACGAUAUGCGUAUUAAGGAGAAUUAUAAAGCUGAAGAAUCACAGCUUAGAUCCUAAGAUAAACUCCUUGGCUGCAACUGUUUAAAUCUCAGCUGGCUUUGACUCCUUUUUCAGUUCCACAAGAUGCAGUCAAAUGUACCGUUUCGGCAUCGCUCCCUUCGGCUCUGUCUUCGAAUGAACUCCCUUCCAGCUUGUCGUGUUUAACCUCCCGUUGGCUUUUGCCUUUGUUCAAAUAUAAAUGAAUUCAUUUCUGCUGCA